AGAUCCCCGUUCGCGGAGUUUCAUUCGAAUUUCACAACUGCUCAUUCCGUCUUAUGUGCUUCGCCAGGAAGAUCACCGACGUUGUUUUAAAUAAUGUUGAUUAUGAAAAAUAAUUAUAAACUUCGCGUUAAUUUUUAAAUCGUAACAUAAAGAACAUCGGUUGAUCUACACACAGUGUGAUUAUUUUUAAGAACAAAUACCGUGAAAGUGUUUCGAACCUCAGUGCACAGUGUUUAUAGUGAAAGUAUUUUAUAACAAAGUAAUUUUAUUACAAACUGAUAUAAAAGGAAAGAGUUAAGUCUUUGUACUUGAUAGUAAAAGAAGCGUGUUGUGCUUGCCUCGGUUUGAAACUUCAAGAAAUAAAAUUAUGAAAUAAAAACUAUUACCAUCUGAAUUGAAAUCAACUUAAGACAUUUCAAAAUGAAAUUCAGCUAUUUUCAACGGGUUCUUCCAAUAGUAUUUUUAAUAAUUGCUCAAAUAACCGGGGAACAAAGAUUCGCAGAAACUCCAGCUUUGUACUCGGAAGUGUCCUCCGGGGAUGACGUGCAACUGCGAUGCAGGGUGCAAGACAAACGCGGUCAGUGCAUCUGGCAGAAGGACCGGAAGCCGGUGGGCAUGCAUCCGGACAAAUACGAAUGGGCCAGCGGGCGGGGUAGCGAUUGCACCCUUCUAAUCAGGAGAGCCUCCCUCGAUUUCGACGAUGGUUACUGGGAAUGUCAAGUGACUUCUGGCGAUUUCACGCGACAGGAUGCUCUAACUUCUUUACCAUCGCGUUUGCUCGUUAGAGUGAAACCCCGGAAGCCACGGCUGGAAUAUGGGGGGACGAUUUUAAACAACGCCCUGACUUUAAGGGAGGGUCAGGAAGUUACCAUUUCCUGUGUAUCGAGAUAUGGAAAUCCGGCUGCCCUUAUAAAGUGGUACAUAGGCGGAGACGAAGUGGAAGCUUUAAGGGAACAGACGAACGCGACGGAAGUGGACAGCCCGAAAACCUGGGCUGCCCACAGUCUCCUACGAGUUCGUGGACAAAGAGAGAACCAUGGUCUACCGAUUCGUUGUAUCACGAUCCAUCCGUCCAGCGUCGUUCCAGCUUCUGCGGAAACGCGACUGGAUGUUCAUUAUUCGCCAGAGGUGAGGAUCGAGACGAAGCCUCGUCUGCUGGUUGCGGCUCUCGAGGAUUCGGCCAGUUUUAUGAGCCUGAAAUGCUUCGCGGACAGCAAUCCCAGCGGAACGAUCAAGUGGUUCAAGGAUUCAGCUGGCAUCAUAGUAACGAGCAACGUGGUAUCGUUGAUGUUAAACAGAACGCAGCAGAACAGUACUUUGACGGGGUCCGAGUUAAGAUUCGAGCCGGUCAAGAGAAACGACGCCGGUCUCUAUUCUUGCAAGGCGGUCAACGUUAUCGGUGAAAGCACCGCGGCUAACUACAGGCUGGACGUACAAUACGGGCCUAGAUUGAAGUUGGAGAACACUGUCAAUGAAACGUUGAAGAAAUUGGAAGAGACCACUCUACUUGCCACCACUUUGGAACCAUUCGAAUGCGACGAAUUCGAGGCUAACCCACCAGCCCAAUACAGAUGGGUACAUCUUCGCGGUGGGAUCACCGAGACCAUCGAGAAUCCUCUUCAGAACAAGGAAGGUGGUAAACGGUUGCGUCUGGAGAACGUAAUGUGGUCCGACGAGGGGGAAUAUCGAUGCGUUGCGUUCAACGUGAUCAACGGAGUGCGCAGAGAAAUGCCCAGCGAGGCUCGUUACCUGCUCCAUGUAACCGGCCCACCUGAGAUACAGGCGAGGCCUUCUUCCGGUGAUAAAGGUUUCUACGAGUCGCUAGGAUGGGCAGGAGAAUCCGAACACGUUCUUAAAUCUCGUUUCUGCUCGAGACCGCCACCCAGAUUGGUUGCUUGGCAGUGGGGAAGUUCGCACAUCAGAGCUGGAGAAAGUAUUCAUCCAAAAUACGAGGCUCUACCUUUAGAACACAUCAAGGAGAACGAGAUGCUGACAAAUUGUUACUGGGCAAAGUUGGUGAUCAAGGAUUUGCAAAAAGAGGAUGCACGAAUGUACACUCUUCUGGUGGAGAGCGAGAAGGGUAGAGAUUCGACCAACGUUAAAUUGUUGGUUCGGGAUCCAACUGAGAUGAGGGUGAUCGCAGCAGCAGCUGCGGUUGGUCUCCUUUUUCUUCUACUUCUAAUAUCGAUCGCAGUGUACUCGUUGUUAAGACUGAAGAACCGGCGAUAUCGUCGAGAAGAAGAGGAGGGAAGCAUCGCGGCAGAUGCAUUUUACAGUAAUACAACGCCAACGGAAAGGCAGAAGAAUAACAACUCGGCGCAGAGUAAAGGAUUCGGUAGAAAAACGAACUCGGAGGGUGGGCUGGCUGUCACUUAUGACUAUGAUCAGAUCACGAAACAGGUGCGGGCUAUGAGUCCGGAAGCUUUGAAAGUCAGACGUGCACCAGCUGUUCUUCAACCACCGACCAUUGUGUAACUGUUAACGUGCUCAUUGCCAUGACGUUCGUGAACGAGCUACACUGAACUGUCCUCUUCUUUCUCACUGACAUCUCCUUACAAGCUGCUCGUUUUAACGGGGACAAUAUUUUUAUUGGACGGUCGUAAAGAUAAACGAAGAUAAGAGUUCUAAUUCAAUGCUCUUCACCUUGGUUCAUUUGGCAAUAUUGACCGGAUAUUGUCAUAGUUGGCAAUUUUGUAUUAAAAUUGUAUAUAUGUGAUAACUUUACAAACAUUACCGGAUAGUUUAUUAAUUGCUACUUAAGAAUUUUAUUUCAUUAUCAAGGUUGAAUCAUUUGUUGUUAUCAUUGUUGCAUUUAAGUUUUAACUUAAGUUGUAUGAAAGACAGAGAAAGAGAUUUUAUGUGAAUGUUUGGAAAAAUUAGCAAAGGACAAAGUGUUUCUUGGUGAAACUGAUCUCUUUGUUGAGUGCGUUUCUGUAAUAUAAGAGUUUUCUUUCAGUGACUUAUAUUAACGGCUGUACUUAAGAUUCUAUUUUUAUGUAAAGAA